AUGCUACUACGGCUACCACCGCUACAGCUGUUGACACAACUACUUCUGCUGUCGCUACCUCUCCCACCAUCGCAAACAACAAAUCCACCACGCCUCCUCUCCCCUCCCUAUCUGCAUCUACUCCAGGGUUCUUCUCAUGCUCCUCAACAUCCGAGGCAGGAGUCUCCGCAAUCGUUGCAGAACUCUCCCUCCACGACACAGGCCUCUCCUCCGAGUUCAGCGCGCCCUGUCGUGCCCAUUGCCAGUGAUAGCAAUCGCCCAGUAGAGCCCCGCCGUCGUCCCGAACAGGGCGGUGCCACACGCAUGCGUUCCUCAAUCGCCUGCGAGCGCUGUCGCCGCAGCAAGGUGAAGUGCAACAACAAUGGUGCCGGCACUCAGUGCCAGGCCUGCGCCUCUUCGAAGAGAGAGUGCAUCUAUCCGGAACCGGGCACGGGUAGUGGCCGAAGGGAGAGUACCCUGCCGAGCCACCCCAGUUCGACGAGUAAAUCGAAUGGCCAUGUCGAGGCACCUCCCCGCAAGCGGCAGAAACGAACCAUUGCUUCUCUUUCACAGGCAACUCCAUCAAAUGGGUCUUCGCCCGAUCUACUUGAUCUAGAUCCCCAUGUACUUACGCCUAAAGUCUGGAAAGAGCUGUUUGAGAUUUACCAACGGCACUUUGCGUCGGACUUACCUUUCGUCCAUUUCGGCACCUUUCGCAAGCUUCUCCAGCAGCCAAAUUCCAACGAAUCCUUGUUGAGACGUUCGACCCCAUCCUGCCCAAACCAUUACUCGGAGCUGUUCCUGCUUGCAUUUCUUGCCUUGACCUCGCGGUUCCACGACGGCAUUGUCAAGCACUAUGAUCCCCCGGUAUAUCCAAAUAAUAGUGAUCCUCUGCUUGUGGCAGAACGAUACGCAGAAGCCGCGCGGUCUCGGCUGCAUCAGGUCAGGGAUCAGCACAAGAUGGUUGAGCGCGUCCAGGCCUCGUUGAUGUUGUGUCUGCACGAAUGGGGAAUGUGUGAGGGGACCAAGGCUUGGCUAAGCAUGCACGAUGCCGUUGGCCAUGCUCAACUGCUCGGUUUCUACUACGAGGAUACGGACAAAAUCCACGCCCCUGUGCAUCCUAUCAAUCCGAAUGCCGACUUCAUCGCAAUCACCCAGGGUCAUUACGGGUCACAGCCCGAUACAGGCACAUCUGUGGAGGAUAGCUUUGUGGAACAAGAGAUCAAGCGCCGUACCUUCUGGAGUUGUUUUAUCAUGGAUCGCUAUCUCAGUGGUGGCUACAUGCGGCCCAACCAGAUUCGGAUCAGCGAUAUCCAUAUUCAGCUUCCCGCUAGCGACAAGGCCUUCGCUCACGGGACCAGUGUUACGACCUCGAGGCUAGGUGGAGAUGAAGACGAUUCGAAUAACCCACUAGCUAAUUUCAGCAGCUAUGGCUAUAGCAACUUCGGCAGUUCCCCCGCGACAAGUCAUUUCAGUGGCGUGCGCAACGGAUCCAGGCACGAGGACUCGCGUGGCCACCAGCAUAAUGGACAUGAUGAUGGCGACAAGAUGGAGAUUCAGGAAGUCGGCGAGUCCGAGGGAGCGCUCAGCUGCUACACACGAGCAAUCAGUCUGUAUGGCGAAGUCAUGCACUGGUCCUGCACGGGGGGCAGAAGACGGGCUCAAGGAGGGAAAUUCCUCCCGCCCUGGAACGAAAGGUCGGAAUUUUUCCAAUUGAAUAACAGGUUGACCGAGUUCAGAGAUGGGCUACCUCAGGAUCUUCGUCUUUGCGACGCGAACACCACCGCACACAGCGACAACAAGUCAUCGUCACACUAUAUUCUCAUGCAUCUCGCCCUUCUACUCUGCGACAUUAUGCUACACCGCGAAUGGGUGCCAUUCCUGCCAUUCGCAUGUAUCAAACCAGAAGGACCACUGGAUGAACCCCUCGUUCGGGAAGCUCCGCCUCCCGAAUAUCCAAAUUACUGGGAGGAUGUCGCGCGCAAAUGCUUCAAAGCCGCACGAAACAUCAUCGAUCUUCUGGGCACUUAUCAGGAAUGGGAUUCGUUGGUCGAAACGCCUGUCUCGGGAUUCGCCAUGUUCCAAGUUGGUGUCUGUGGCAUUUACUGCAUGUUCUUCCCACAAAUGGACCCCCAAGGCUACAUGUGUAGAUCCCAAGCAGAAAGAGCGAGACGUGCAAUUUCCGGUGAAGAAGGGGACCUUUCUGAUGGCGAACUUGCAACGAGGAAGGCCUUUGAUUUGCUCAUCCAGAUGCAGUCUCGUUUGAAGAUGGCUCGAGGCUGGUGUCGCACAUUGCAGAACCUGGGCGAUUUCUGCAAAAAGAAGGCCAAGGAGUUCAAACGAAGACAGGCCGUUUCUUCCCCCGACAGCAGCAUGAAUUCCAACGCAAGCGAGGGUGCUGGUUUGGACGAAUACAAGAAGCUGGAGAAGUAUCUUAAGGGGUUCUACUCCCUUUCAGAGCUCACAGGCGAGGAAGAUAAGGUGUUGAUUGAGGUUGCAAUUCAUGACAUCGAGAAAGAAAGCGACGUUGGCAGCGAGGGGCAGGAGAGUAAACCACCGCAGCCAGACGGGCCACCUGUAUGGGCGGCAGUUAAUCGCACCAACAAGCCCGAGCCUGUCGCUGAGCAUCACAGCCUUUCGUCCCUGGCUGCAAGCGACAGAUUCCAAGAUGCAAAGAUGGGGCCUUACCCUCAUCAUCCCCGGUUCGACCGAUAUAACACACAUGAGAUGAAUUCACCAAGCGUCCACGACACAUACAACGCGUAUCCAAACCCGAGCAUAUCUGCCGACCGUGAAACGAUUGGUAUCAAUUCACAUAUUCAGUCUGGCAUGCACUCCGACUUGCUACAGCCGCAGACUCACAUGCAAUUUGCAACGACGGAUCCUGCAUUCCAGUUGGGCUUUGCCGCCGUCGAUGUUAUUCAAUUCCAGCACGGAAACGUCAUGCCUGGACCUGUGCCGACCAGGGAUACAAAUUGGUUAGAACAGAUACAGGUGCCUUUGAAUCUCACUCCGCAGCAGCUGCGGCACCUGCGGCAGAUGCAGCAACACCCCCAAAACCAAGGUUGGCGAGGCGCAUAGACGCGACGCAGAGUCCUAAUUCAUUGCCAUGAAGACCUUUUCUUAUAUCCUUAUACGAUUCGAAACCUGAACACAAAAUAUCGGCGGCUUGAGUGUUGACCAGGGAUCAUUCCUGCGGCGCAUGGAUCCAUGACAACCAGCGUGGACGGGCGGGUAACUCUUGAGGCGAUACGAAUACUAUACCCCCAUUCGGCGGUCUUCGUGAGAGAACGAGAUCAUUGUUGCAUUUAAAGCGGGAGGCAAUGUUGGAAGAUACAUUCAGUUUCGUGCUUUCCUUUUUUUUUUUCUGCGCCCAGGAACGAUUGUAUAAAUUCGUUAUGGAGUAUCUUGAUUUUUGAUGCGAUCGAAACGGCCUAUUUCGUUCAUGUUGACUGCGGUAAAGGUCAUGGAAUAUCAAGGUAUAC